GAGCAACGGGACGCAGACUUCCCUAGAAACGGAUAGUUAACUACAUAAACACUGCAGAAAAUAUGCUGUAGCUAGCUCGUUAGCUAGCUUAAUAGCUAGCUAUGUAAGCUACAAUCCCUUAUGAAAAUUAAAUGACUUUCAUUUUAAAAAGGAACUCCGUGUCAUAAGUAAAUGUCACCUGAAAGAAAUCAUGACACUGAGUGAAAAGCAAAAACCUAGCGGUGAUGAAGAAGUCAUCAAGGAAUUGUGCAUUAGCAACGGUAUAUCCUAUGAGAAGGUGUCCCAAGAUGGAAGCGACAUCAGGUCUCUGGAGAUGUUCUUCUCUGGGUAUCCACGGAUGGUGGGACUCUCCCUGUUCCCCAGGCUAACCGAGCUGAUAGUAGUGGGCCAGAGUGUGAGCCACAUACAGGGCCUGGAGUUUUGCCCUCUGCUGCAGGAGCUGUGGGUAGUGGAAUGCCAGCUGACAAAGAUUUCGGGGCUCCAAACUUGCAGUCAGUUACAGAAGCUUUUCAUCUAUGACAAUAAGAUCAGUAAGAUUGAAAACCUGGAGAUGCUGGAUUGCCUGCAGGUCUUAUGGCUCAACAGCAACUGCAUUACUCUCAUUGAGGGGCUGGAUACUCUCCAAAAUCUGCAAGAGCUGAACCUUGCUGACAAUGCUAUUGAAAGAAUUGGACACAGUCUUGAUUGUAACUCUGGGCUUGAAAAUCUUAAUUUAUCAGGAAAUAAAAUCAGCUCCUUUAAGGAGCUAACUCACCUGGCACGUCUUCCCAACCUGAAGUCACUGGGGCUGCAGGACCCCCAGUCGGUCCCCAACCCUGUGUGCCUGCUGUGUAACUACUCCACACACGUGCUCUACCACAUGCCCGGCCUGCGGAGGCUGGACAACUACGACGUAUCCAACCGGCAGAUAAAAGACGCGGCAGAGUCCACUGUGAUGAAGAAGAUGAUGUAUUACAACAUGCGGGUGAAGUCAGUGCAGAGACAGCUGGCGAAGGCACAAGCCAAGCUGCUGGAGCACAAGAAGAAACUCCUGAAGCUGCCAGAGGAGAGCCUGCGGACUCUCAGCUACGCCCUCAAACACCUGGAGUGCGAGCUGGUGGAGGUGCAGGCAUCGAACAAGAAGUCUGCACGCAGCUGGGAGGAUGGCCCUCCCUCUCCGGUCGAGGGGGCAAUCGAAAGCGGCUUCGCGCCCGAUGACAUCACCAGGGACUCCAGGCUGGAUUACAAACUCCACUGCAAACUGGGGGCCGUGAAGGAGAGGCUGAGAGCGUGGAUGAAGAGGCUGGAGGAGAUUGAGACCCAUCACCAGCGGAGCCUGGCCUUGGCCACAGAGAGGAAGGAGCUGAUGGUGCACUUCCUGUUACUGGAGCUGGAGACGGUGGGGAACAUCCGCUUCGAGGAGGGCAGCCCCUCGGACCCCUGGUUCAGCUCCUGCUACGACCUGCUCCUGUCGCGCUUCUGCGUCUGGGACUUCGGCGGGCACGGCGUCACCGGGAUCAAGAUCAACGGCAUCAUCCGCAUCCACAACCGAGCCCUGCGGCUGCGCUUCGAGGACAAGCUGCUCGCCCUGCUGACGGGCGAGGAGUCCGCCGCGUUCUCCCAAAACUACAAACGCUGCCUGGAGUACCUGUUCUUCGUGUACGACCCGGAACACUCCGACGGCAACGAGUUCGUCCGCGUUCCCGAGGACGGGUUCAAAUCGGCGGACGAGUACAAGGCUCUGGGGAGAGAGAGGGCCGUGCCGCUGUCCAACAGCCUGAGUGUGUGUGAGAAGCUCAGGAUGGAGUACACACUGAAGCAGUUCCGAGCUCGGGGGGGACACACUGCAGACUCCCUGCCUUUCAGACACGGCCGGAUCCUAGUGGCCAAGGUGUUUCUGGGGCGCAGCACGGCAGCACGGGACGGGGUGGAAGUGGACCCCGCGAAGUACUCCAAAGUGCACUCCAUCUUCCGCAGCAGCAAGUCAGAAAGGCUCUGCUCCGCUAAACGCCACAGCAGCUGUGAGUGCAGUCUGCACCAGUGCCAGUGGUACGUCUUCGACCACGAGCUCGUUCUGCCGGAGUACCUCAUCGACUUCGACUACGUCACUCAGGACAGGUACCAGUUUGGGUACCCAGAGAACAAGCCCUCCAGUGGUGUGGAGGAUUUGGCCCAGUACUCCAAGGCCCUCAGCCUGGACCAGGAGGCCCUGGGCAUGGACCCAGUCCUCAAGCCCAGGCUCAGGGUGCCCUGCCUGGAUGAGAAGACCAUGCUGGCAGUGGCCCGGGCCAACGUGCUGAGCCAGAUCACCGUCCUUAAUCUCCAUGGCAACAGCCUGAGCAAGCUGAAGGAGAUCUCGCGCCUCACAGCCCUGCGGCAGCUGACCGUCAGCUUCAACGAGCUCACACAUCUGGACGACAUCUCGCAUAUGCCCAACCUGGAGUUUGUGGACGCGAGCUACAACCGCAUCGUGACCCUGGAGGGCCUGCGGGGCCUGGGCCGGCUCAAGCAGCUGGACCUGCGCUGGAACCAGCUCACUCGCCCCCGAGAGGACACCUGCGUGCUGCGCAAACACGCCCCCUCUCUGCUGCGCCUCCACCUCUGCCACAAUCCCUGGCACAAGCCCGGGACUGUGCGGAGCACGGUGCUGGGCCGUCUGAAGACCCUCACACACCUGGACGACCAGCUGGUGACUGAGGAGGAGGCUGCUGCUGCUGUUCAGCUAGCUGCUGACUCCAGGAUUAACCAGGCCGCCCUGUUGGCCCACUCUCGGACCAACCGGGACCAGCCCCGCGGCCUCAGCCUUCUCUCUGCAGCCCAGCUCCUGACCCAGCUCAGCCCAAACCCCUGGGACCCCAGCGGCCAGCUGCAGCCAGGCUGGACCACCAAGAUCACUGCCCUCAACCUGGAUGGUCAGAGGCUCUCUCGGCUCACCAACCUGGACAAACUGGUCAACCUGCGCUGGGCGUCGUUCAAUGACAAUGACAUCGUCAGGGUGGAUGGGCUGGACAACUGCCAGCAUCUGGAGGAGCUGUCCCUGAACAACAACUACAUCUCCAAAAUGGAAGGUGUGUCCAAACUGCUGCGUCUGAUCCGGCUGAGCAUGGAUGGGAACCAGCUGAGCUCCCUGGACGGGGAUGUCCUGGACGGGCUGCCCAACCUCCACUUCCUGUCUUUGGAGAACAACGACAUCAGCUCCCUGACCGGCAUCCAGCGCGCACGCUCCCUCCUCGAGUUCUACAUCGGCAACAACAACAUCUCCACCACCAGGGACGUCUAUCACCUGAAGAGCCUGACAAACCUCAUCAUUCUGGACCUAUAUGGGAAUCCUCUGGUGGAACAGCAGGAAAAUUACAGAAUAUAUGUGGUGUUCCACCUGCCCUCCCUCAAGGCUUUGGAUGGAGUUGCAGUGGAGACGUCAGAGUGCGAGAACGCCAAGGAUGCGUUUGGAGGGAGGCUGACCCUAGACAUGGUGACAGAGAAGCUGGGACACUCAGACUACUCACACAUCUCCCAGCUGGACCUGCAGGCCUCCUCUAUCAGGACAGUGGACCUGAGCCCUGGAGAUCUGUUCAACAGUCUACAGCAUGUCAACCUUGAGCGGAACAACCUCACCUCCUUCAGUGGCCUUGUCUUCUUACCCAAAGUCAAGGUGCUGUAUUUGAAUCACAACCACAUUGAGUCCAUCCUGCCCAGACAGAAGGCCCAGGCCCACCUGACCAGCAGACAGAUCCUGUACCAUAAGGUCACCUCCAGUGGCUAUGGGCAACAGGCCAUAUCCAAAGGCAGCAGGGAUGCGGGUCCAGGAGAUAGCCUGGAGCCACUAAUGACCACCCUAGAGGUGCUGCAUUUGAACCACAAUGGCAUCUCCAACCUGGCCAAUCUGCAGCUCAGCAGGCUCCCCAAUCUCAAGGCACUCUUCCUCCAAGCCAAUGAGAUCACGCAGGUGGAUGGUCUGGAGGGGCUGCUGCACCUGCGAGAGCUGGUCCUGGACCGCAACCGCAUCAGGGCCCUGGGGGAGAGCUCGUUCAUGGGGCAGGGCCUCCUGCUGGAGCUGCGCAUGGCGGAGAACCGCCUGCGAGACCUCAGCCACCUGCAGCCGCUCACCCAGCUGCGCAGACUCUACCUGGGAGUCAACAAGCUGCAGGACCUCUCUGAGAUUGAAAAGCUGGAGAUGCUGCCCUCUCUCAUUGAGCUGUCCAUCGUGGGGAACCCUGUGGCGCGGCGCUCCCUGCACCGCUCGUCGGUGGUGCUGCGGCUCUCCAGGCUCCAGGUGCUGGACGGGAUGCCUGUCACCCUGGAGGAGAGGACCAGGUCGGAGCUGACCUGCGCUGAGUCGCAGUGCUGUGUGCCCGCUAGCGCCGCCCCGGAGGCCGCGCCCUGCGUGCUGCCCUUCAUGCCCCGAGGCGUCCAGCCGCGCAGCACCGCCAUCGCCCUGCCCAACCUGCUGGGCCAGGACGCGCUGCUGCCCUUCAGCCUGGAGGAGGUGCCGCUGAGCGACGCGCCCAAACACAAAGCGAAUGGCAAGCAGAAACAAAAUGGCGGCCUCGUUCCCCCACAGUGCCGCAGUGGCCCACCCGAGGUGCCUUUCCGACAGCCCCGCGGAGCGAUGACCCUGCCCACCACAUGCCUGCUUCCCAACGGCCACAGGGUGGUCAUCCCUUACCCCCACCCGCAAGAGGCCGACGGCAGAUGCAAGAAUGCUGCCAAACCACCACUAAUGUAGCAUGCUAACCACAGGGCUAGAACCAGAGUGAAGUCCGCUGGGAGAGGCUGGAGUUUGUGUGUUACACAGAUCUGAGUGUCCACUCUAUCCCUCUGUCAGGCUGUGGGGCCCCACUGUGGGCUGUUCCAUAUGAGCCAUC